GCAACACGCCACCACCUCAGCGGAUCUGCAACCUUUGCACUUGGGAAAGGCACGGGAACGGAAGCGACCCGCGUCGCUCGUUUCCACACGGAGCGUCCCGGCGGCGCGCGGCCCCCGGGAGGACGAGCCGCGUGGCUCCCGGGAAGGCGCCUCUACCGAAAGGAUGGAUCCAGAAGAUGCCGAAGAGGUGGCCGCUGAACUGCAAGGCAAGAAAAUUGAUGGUUGGGGCGUCUUGCAAAUUGCAGCAGGCACCGGCUUGGUGGCUUAUAUUGUAUGGGCAGGAAUUCUCAUGCCCGGUUUCCGCAAAGUGCCCUUAAAACUGCAGGUGCCCUAUGUCCCAGCAAGUGCUAAACAAGUCGAGAACGUGAUGGAGUUGCUCAAAGGACGCUCUGGGAAGAUUGCAGAUUUGGGCUCAGGGGAUGGCAGAAUUGUCCUGGCGGCCUACAAACGAGGCUUCAGGCCAGCUGUUGGCUAUGAACUCAAUCCAUGGUUGUUACGACUUUCCAGCUAUCGUGCGUGGAAAGCUGGGUGUUACGGAAAAGUUUCUUACCACAAGGAAGAUCUUUGGAAGGUGAAUUUAUCGGAUUGUCAGAAUGUAACCGUGUUCCUGGCACCGAGUGUGCUGACUCUUCUGGAGAAAAAGCUGCUGUUGGAACUUCCAGAAGACGCUCGAGUGGUCGCUGGGCGUUUUCCUCUCCCCAGCUGGACUCCCACGGACACAGCUGGGGAAGGUGUGAACCAAGCCUGGGCAUACGAUGUCAAGGUGGUCCAGCAACUGGCGAAGGAUGAGCCAGAGGGGAGCCCAGUGUGAGAAGAGGUCACCUUGGACAUGUCAAUUUCUCGAGACCCCCAUGUAUCUUUCCUGGCCAUUGGGCCACCUGGAAGGGCCCUUUCUCCAUUGCUGAAUCAACAGCUUAUUUAAGCCGGGGUGUGUGUGUGUGUGUGCGCGCUGUUCUUUAGGAGGAAAAACAACACAUUCUCCCCCCCACACACCUUUCCCCUUCAGGGCAGUUCUCUAGAAUUUUAGCCCAAAGAUUGGUCAGCAGAACCACCCACGUGGGACUGAUGUGCCUGUUUAUUUUACUGAUUUGCAAACUGCUGUGAUCUUUUGCAGCACCUGUUUUUUUUUUUUUUUCUUUCUUCAUUCGUACGAGCGGCAUGGCAGUCCCUACCUUCUCAAACCCAGUUCCCACUAAGAACGGCGGGCUGGCAGAAGGAACGAAUCUGUGAUCUGCUGGAUUCUACGCCAGUUGUGGACAUGUCCUUCUCGAGUGAUACGUUUGUAGAUGGCUUGCUCGGGGAUCACUUUUAAAAGUGUCAUGUUUCUUAGACUUUAUUAUGAAUGCCAGCAGUUGGUGGAGAGUCCUUGGAAGAGGAUGGAAGAGAAUGCAAUUCAGUGAGAAAUGUGUUCCUUGCAGUCAUUCAGGAGCUCACAUUACAGAUGGUCCUCGCUUAAUGACCACAAUUGGGACCGGAAUUUUGGUCGCUAAGUGAUGCAGUUAAGUGAAUCUGACCUGAUUUCACCUUUUUUGUGGUGGCCAUUAAGUGAAUCACUGAGGUCAUUAAGCGAACCACACAGAUCCCUAUUGAUUUUGCUUGCAAGAAACUGGCUGGGAAGGUUGAAAAUGGCUAUCACAUGACUGUGGGACACUGCGACAGUCAUAAAUGUAAACUGGUUGCCAAGCGCCUAAAUCGCGAUCACGUGAUUGUGGGGAUGCUGCAAUGGUAGUAAGUGCAAGGACUGGUCGUAAGUCAGGGAUAGCACCAUCUUAAGUCUGAAGAGUCACUAAACAAAUGGUCAUUAAGCGAGGACUACCUGCAUAUUGUGGAUGGACUGUCCAAACUUCAGGUUCAGAUUCAUAUCUUCCCGUGUCAUGCAGUGGACAACCUUGGGCUGGUUGCAGUUUCUCAACCUGCCCUACCUUGGAAGUUUGUUGUGAGGAUAAAGUGAACGUUGGUGCUAAAUUAUUUCUUCUUUUUAAUUAUUAUUACAAUUUUCUGGAGUUUUACUUAAAUUGCACCAGUGAUAGCAACUGAAUACAAAGGGGGGGGGUAAAAAGAAAAAACUGAAAUAUGGUAAUACAAUAAACCUAGUGAACUGAAAAUAAAAUCAUAGAAAUCACUACAGUUUUCAGCCAAUAAAUUAAACAGACCAAAUGGAAUCAUAUUUGAUCUUGUCUCCUAGAAAGACAAUACAAAGUGUUGACAGAUUUUGUUUAACUUUUACAGGAUGUCCUUCCAAGAACGUAUAAUCACCUUUUUCACAGCCCUCCAAACAAUACAUCCAAAGGCUCUUCAUAAACAGACAAAUUCCAGAUUUUUGGAGUAGAGUUGAACAACACAUUCACUUUUUUAAACCUUAAAUUCCACCCAAGGACCCAGUUGGCCACUAUGAAGGACUUCAGGUCUUUUUCUUCCUAAUAUCUCUGGCUCGAAAUGCUGGAUCCAGUAGUUAGGCCAAGAGUCCAGUCCCCUUGAGAACAUUUGCAAGGAUUCUGGUGAGAGCUACAUUUCCUUGCGGUGCUGCCUUUGGGGUAUCAAAAGCAUUGGAACCUCAGAUGCUCCAGCACUCAGGGCUCGGGAUCUGUCAGUUCCCAGGAGUUUCUGCAUUCUCACGAUCUCCUGCUUGUAUCUGCAAUGGAAGUGCAGAGGAGGUAUGGCUGCUGUUUACCCUUGUUGGACAUGUGAACAACAUGAAGGGACAUUGACAUUAAUAUAUAUGAUUAAAGAUUUAUAUAUAUAUAUAUAUAUAAAGA